AUGGAUCUUGACACCAAGGGCUGUGCCUACACUUGGGUGAACAAUAGAAGUGGUGAGGAAGCUGUUAAGGAGCGAAUAGACAGAGCUGUAUGCACAAUGGGAUGGCGAUUAACCUAUCCGGAAGCAGAAGUUUACGCUUUACCUGCUAUAGGAUCUGAUCAUUGUCCACUACUUUUAACUACUGAAGUUAAACAAAACAGGCGGAAGAAGCGGUUCACCUUUGAAUCUUUUUGGCUUCAAGAUGAUGAAUGCCACCGGGUGGUCUCAGACAUAUGGAGCCAUCCUAUUGUGCAAGUUAAUGUAACAGAUUAUGCAACACAUCGUAUUGAUGCUUGGCUUGCAGAUAUAUCACAACAGAUAGGUAACGUACCGGAUUUUGAGACCAUCGCAGCUCUCUUGUGGCAGAUCUGGAAGGCCAGAAAUCAUGUUAUCUUCCGCCAUCAAUUCACGAAGCCAGACCAGCUUGUUGAUUCCGCUUUGGCUCUCGCUCACCUGCAUAUUACAGUUCAGAAUCCGCAUCUACAGCAGCAACUGAAAAGAGGCAACAAAUCGCCGAACCCUAAUACUCCCUGGCUCCCACCGAUGCAGGGUACGAUCAAAGUGAAUAUAGAUGGUGCCUUUCCUAUUGCAGAAAAUUUGGGUGCGAUCUCCAGCGUCAUACGGGAUCAUAAGGGCAAUCUGCUCGGAGGCUUCACCAACAGCGUUCCAGCCACUUCUGCACUUGCGACGGAGAUUCAAGCUUUUUUAUAUACGCUAAAAGAUCUUCUUCAACAAGGAAAGCAUCACUUUGACCUGAUUAUUGAAACCGACUGCCUCAUUAUGGUUGAAGCAAUCAAUCACGAGCGCCUUCCACCGUGGGAAUGCCGUGCUCUUCUUUCCAAGUGCGAAGCGAUUUUGCCCUCUUUUUCGAAUGUGAAAGUGCAGCACUGCAGACGAUCAACAAAUGCCCUAGCUGACUGGGCUGCGAAAGCCCACGGUCGAGGUUCCCUCUCUGCAAAUUGGGCCUCUUCACCUCCUCCAUUUUUGUUAGAUCUGAUUUGUAAUGAAGCCCUGUUAGCGGGUUGUACUCUUUUCCCUACUUAA